CCUGCAUGGAAGGCGGUGUAAAAAGGUUUGGGUCGGUUCAAGAAAUUCGCGAUAAACUGCAAAGCGGCAACGAGUUGCUUUCCAGGAGGCUGGCCUACAGUACCGGUAAAAGGUUGAUAACAAGAUUAACAAGUUUCGGGCUACAACCGUUACUGGUGCAUCAAUAGCGAUCAAUAGUAUAAUAAGAUGUACUUUGGCAGUAUAUCGAAUCUGAGACCGGGGAAUGCUUACCCGGCGGCGACCACAUGUGGACCACAAUGCGGACCAUGGGCCCCCAGCAUCAUUCGCCGCACGCUCCUUCCACAACUUCAAGGUAUUCCUCAGCAUCCUGGAGCGCGGCCAGCGGUGAAGUCCCUUACAUCGCUCCAUCAAAGCCCUUCUCCACGCCUCCGUCUGCCAACGGCCCUGCAUGCCAGCCCAACAGACACCGCCACCACCCCCACGCCCGAUGCCUCCCACCCGGACUCCGACUCUGCUGCUGCUAAGGCCGGCGUCCGCGCCACAACCACUGCGGCUGCCCCCUCCCCCUCACUCAACCGCAAUCAGCCCCGCACCAGCGCCAGCAGCACCACCGGUACCACCCCCAACAGCAACAACAACAGGAGCAGUAGUAGUAGCAGCAGCGCCCCCAGCCGCCCCGGUCGCAGCGGCCCGGGGGCGGCACCUGCUGCCACCGCCUCCACUGCUGCUGCUGCUGCUACAGCCGCCGCGGACGCUCUGUUCCUGGACCCAGGGGAGGGGCCGCUGCGUGCCCCGCGGGUGGGGCCGGUGCGGGUGGCGGAGCUGGAAGGCUGCAGGGGUCGGGGCCUGGUGGCCUGCCGUACGGUGCUGCCCGGGG